AUGUCAGUAGAUGUGGCUAGAUCCCACAGUGGAGACAUUGGUGGUGAUCCUCCACCGGAUCCUAAUAGGAACCCGACUUCAUGUGAGUCAAGAAUCUCAACUAAGAGAAAGAGUCGUGGCACAACUAUUGGAAAAGAUCUAGAUGAGAGGCGGCAGAAAAAUGGAAAACCAUUGGAAGUAACAUUUUGUCCGCAAACGUACAAGACUAGCUUCUAUAUGAAGUUGUUUGAGGGUGGUGAGUUGGACCGUAACCGAAUACCUGAAGCAGCUUUAAUGAGCUUAAAACACAAUCCCAAUGGGAGGUUUGUUGUUGUUUGUGGAGAUGGCGAGUACAUUAUAUAUACAGCCUUAGCUUGGAGAAAUAUAUCCUUUGGCUCAGCACUGGAAUUUGCCUGGUCAUCAGAUGGAGAAUACGCAGUUAGAGAAAGUACAACAAGGAUAAAAUUAUUUAACAAGACAUUCCAGAAGAAGAAAAAUAUUCGACCUACAUUCUUAUGUGAGCACAUGUAUGGAGGGACAUUAUUAGCAAUGUGCUCAAAUGACUUCAUCUGCUUUUAUGACUGGGUUGAAUGCAGAUUAAUUAGGAGGAUCGAUGUUAAUGUGAAAAAUGUUUAUUUGGCGGUUAGUGGUGAUUUGGUGGCAAUAGCUAGUGAGUCAUCAUUCUACAUACUAAAAUACAAUCGUGAUGUUGUAUCAUCAUUUUUUGACAGUGGAAGUUCAGUUGAUGAACAAGGUGUCGAGGAUGCUUUUGAGCUGCUUUAUGAAAUAAAUGAGCGUGCUAGAACAGGAAUUUGGGUUGGCGAUUGUUUCAUCUAUACUAACACUUCUUGGCGUCUUAAUUACUGUGUUGGCGGAGAGGUGACAACUAUGUGCCACCUGGACCGACCUAUGUACUUGUUGGGAUAUCUGGCCAAUCAAAGUUGGGUUUAUCUUAUUGAUAAAGACUUCAAUGUCAAGGGAUACACUUUACUUCUCAGCUUGAUUGAAUACAAAACUCUUGUGAUGCGUGGAGAUCUAGAUCAUGCAAAUCAAAUUUUACCAACCAUUCCUCCAGAACAUCACAAUAGUGUUGCUCGUUUUUUGGAAUCUCGAGGGAUGUUGGAUGAUGCGCUAGAAGUGGCUACAGAUCCUGAUUACAAAUUUGAUCUGGCCAUACAGCUGGGAUGACUUGAGAUUGCAACG